AUGUCUCGCGACCGAGAGGGAAAUUGGUGGCAAUCGUUGUUCAACGCGAACACUUCAAUUGGGCAGCGCGUUUUGUUCGUUUUAGCGGUGCUUUUUACGUCUGUGUUGUACUUUGGGAGAACGAUGCGAAGUGACAUCCGCGCUGGCGAUGGUGAUGGUUUUCCCCGUGGGACGAACGAUUCUUCACGUAACAGUUAUCAUCACUACAAACACGAAGCGUCGAAAACAGUUCUAAAACCAACCGAUGCGUCGAAAUCACACGUUUUAGUCACCGGUGGUGCCGGGUUUAUUGGCUCGCACGGGACCUUACAACUCAUCGAGGAAGGACACGUGGUGACGAUCGUGGAUAACUUGUCUCGAGGGAACGAAGGCGCGUUGCGAGCGCUGACGAAGGAAAUCUCGAAGCUCGGGAAACCAAAAAGGUCGCUGAGAGUGAUACACGGGGAUUUAGCGGAUGUGAACGUGUUAAACGCGGCGUUUGAAACGAAGCCGAAAGUGGAUAAGGUGAUUCAUUUUGCCGCGGUGGCGUACGUCGGCGAGAGCAUGGCGGAUCCGAACAAGUAUUAUAAAAACGUGACGAGUAACACGGCGACGUUGUUACAAGCGAUGGAUAGAUUUAAAGUGAACGAGUUGAUUUAUUCGAGCACGUGCGCGACGUACGGGAAUCCAGACGUACUACCGAUUACCGAGAAAACGCCGACGGUGCCGAUUAAUCCGUACGGGAAGUCGAAAUUGUUCGCGGAGGAGGCGAUUAGGGAUUACGCGGUUGCGAAUCCAGAGUUUAGAGCGGUGAUUUUGAGGUAUUUUAACGUGUUUGGAUCCGAUCCGAAAGGACGAUUGGGGGAGUAUCCGAGACCGGAGUUGAGAAAACACGGGAGAAUUUCCGGCGCGUGCUUUGAUGCGGCUUUAGGAAGCAUCGAACACUUACUCGUGAUGGGGACGAACCACGAUACGAGAGACGGGACGUGCGUGAGAGAUUUUAUUCACGUGACGGAUUUAAUCGACGCGCAUAUUUUAGCCAUGGAGAAAGCGACGGCAAACCCACCGAGCUUAUAUAACGUCGGGACGGGAAGAGGCGUGAGCGUGAAGGAAUUCGUGGACGCGUGUAAAAAAGUGACGAAAGUGCCCAUUAAAGUGGUGGAACAGAAAGAAGCGAGGCCGGGAGAUUACGCCGAAGUGUACGCGAAUGUCGAUAAAAUCGAAGAAGAGUUGGGGUGGAAAGCCAGGUACGUGGAUUUAGAAGAGAGUCUUGGGCACGCGUGGAAAUGGAGGAAGAAGCAUCCGAGCGGAUACUAA